AUCAAGAGCUUGAAUAUAUUAAAUAAAUACAAACAAAAAAUACAUGCAUUGAACUGAAACAAAAAAAAUGUCAAAAAAUCCGUGCACGGGCGUGCUGAAACCCUUGCCGAUCUAUCAGAAGUUGAUGGUGGACAACCUGACAGUCAUACGCCCGCCCAUACUCAAGUUGUACUACUGGGAGAGCUUCAACAUAACUGGACUCAACAAGAAACUGCGCUCGAACAAGAAGGAGCAUGAGCAUGUCCUGGCGGUUCCAUUGCGUCAGAUACAAAGCCAGCCCCUGAAGAUGAUCUUCUGGCUGCGCAACAUGUCCGCCAAGCCGCUGGAAUUGAAGUUGAAGCGCAUCCAGAAUUGUCAGUGCCAGCCACUGCAAACUCGCGUGGGCUUCAAUCAGUUCCGGCAACUCUUCCACUGCCCGCAUCGCCGGCUCAUACAUGUUAGCCAGGAGCAGCUCAAUUUACAGCCGGAUGAGGUGCUGCCUCUCACAGUAACCGCUUAUUUCUUUCUCUAUGGCGAACACUAUCUUACCUAUGAAAUCUACACUGGUGACAAUCGCAAGUUUGUGUGGAACUUCAAGCUGGAAAUCACAGCCUUUGAUCCGGAGCGGUGUCUGCUCACCAAGGAGCUAUUGCCGAUAAAUAUAAAAAACUUUUAUCAUGUUACUCAGCCGAUUUGGGUCCAGAACAUAACCAUGGCACAUCUCGCUUUUGCCUUCUCCUCGCGCGAACGCAGCUUCAAGCUGCACAACUCAAAUCUGACGGUGCCCAGGCAAAGUGUUUGGCCCCUGCUGGUGGAAUAUCGACCCUUGGACUAUGAGAAUGAGCUCGAGGUGAUGCUGACAUAUGAAAACUCCAAGGCCCGGUAUAAGAUCAAGGCCCGUGGCGCUACUGUAGACGAGAAUGAGACUACAGAUAUGCCGCUCAAGGACAGAGAAUCCUCCGAAUAUCUUUACAUUAUCUAUCCGAACCGUCUGAGCUUUGAACUGUGCAUGAAGGAGAUUCGCACACAGCUCGUUAAUGUGCACAACUAUGGACAAAAAUGCAUGGAGUUUCGCUGGCAAAACUACAUUAUAAGCGAUUUCUUUGCAGUCACUUUCGAACCGUCCGUCUUUCGACUGAAGGGCCAUCAUUCGAAACUGUGCGAGAUAAAGGUAAGCGUCUUCGACCGCCUCAUCUUCUUUCGCCGCAUACCCAUUGUGCUGGAGGUGCAUCGCAUACUUGAUUCCGCCACGCUUAUAGCCAAGGCUGAGUUGACUGAAAUCGAGUCCAUAGACGAUCCCAAGUGGAAGGAAGAUAGCUAUGUGGAGCAUGCCUUUCUACACCUCAACAUACGUGUCCAUGCGCAAAAUAACGAGGAAAAGCAAGACGAUCACAUGUACGAUAUGGAUGGCACCUGUGCACCUUGUGGCGGCGUGGGCAUUGACCCGGGCGCCGGCGGCGAUGGUUCGCCCGUUGAGCUGACCGAGGAGCAGCAGAAGCAGGCGGAACGAGAGGAGCUGGUCAAGCGUUUGUCCAUGAAACGCAAGCUGAAUGCAAAUGAAAUCAUUGAAUUGAGUAUGGCCAUCGAUCAUCGCAUUACCAUAUUCGAGAAACUCUUCUGGAAAUACCUAUCCAAGUCGAAUUUUAUGCGCAUCAACCCGGAACGCACACGCAACAAGUUCAACCAGACCUAUGACCAAGUGGUGCUUGUGGAUAACGCUCCAAGUCCCCUCACGAAUAUGCGCACGAACGUGGAUCACAACACGAUUUUGUCCAUAAUCAGUCGCCUCAUGGUGGAGGCUAUAAACGAUCUGGCCAAGAACUGGCGAUUUAUACCAUCGGAAUAUUAUGACCGUGAGCCUUAAGCUCUUUACUUUAAAUGUUCAACUAUGCAAAAUGCAUUA